CCCCCCCCCGCCCGCCCGGCGGGCCCCCAGCCAGCGACGGAUGGCGGUGGAGCCAGAUGGCGAAGGCCUGCAGGCGAGCGCCCUGGCCCUGCACGGGCUCGCCGACGAGGACGGCCUCGUCACUGCGGACUGUUUGUGCGGCUUCGAAGGCGCCGCGGCGGCGCUGGAGAGCAGAGCCUCGGCCCCGGCCCGUGGCGGCUGGCCGACCUGGAGGUGCUGUUGGGCGCGUUCCUCGCGGGCGGCGGCCCGGAGGACGGCGGCUCGCCCCCUCCGCGGAGGUCGCAGUCCUGGCCGCCGAGCCCGAGCGCGCCGACGUCGCCUGCAGGGAAGGCCAGCUCCCCCACGUCGCCUUCCGGAAAGGCAAGCUGCGGCUGGCGCACGGUGGAGCUCCAGAGGUUGCAGGAUGCCGUGGACAGCGGACUGCGCGCACGGGAGGCGCUUCUGGGCCUGGACGAGCCGGAGAGCGAGUUCCCCGACACGCCGCAGGAGGAGGAGGACGACGGCAUCGGCGAGGUCCAGCGCUCGGUGAUGUGUCGCAUCGUGGCGCCCAUCGUGGAGGGCUCCUCCCCCGCGGAGGAGGAGCGCGCGCUUCGGCAGCUGCCCGCGUUCGUGGAGGAGCUCACGGGCGUGCUGCGCAAGGCGUGGCAGCUCGCCCGCAUCCGCGGCCGCGACCUGGAGCGCCUCGCGGGGGAGCUGGCGGCCGCCCGCGCCGAAGCGCGCGUCGCUUCCGACCGGGCCUCGCGGGAGGAGGCGGCGCGCCUGGCCGCGGAGGCCGAGGCGGGGCAGGGCGAGCGCGCGCACGAGCUGCUGGAGGGCACCAUGUCGAAGCUGGCGGAGGCCCGCAGGUGCGCGGAGGGAGGCGGAGCUCGCGGACGCGCGUCUGCGCGGGGAGCAGCUGGAGCACGACCUCGGGCAGCAGGCGCGGAAGGUGGGCCAGCUGGAGGCGAUGCUCCAGCGCGAAAGCGCCGCGAGGGCAGAGGCCGAGCGCAGGAUCGAUCGCGGACGCGCGCUCCGAGGGGGACAGCGAGGCCGCAGAGCAGCGUGUGCUGCUGCGGCGCAAGCUGACGGCCGCCGAGCAGGAGCUGGAGAGGGCCCAGGAGGACCUGCGCGCCUCGGAGCUCCGCUGCGAGGAGCUCGGCGCCCGCGCCUGGAAGCGGCGGGCCGAGGCCCGGGAGCUCGAGGCGCGCCUGGAGGAGAAGCCAGAGGCGUGUGGAGUUGCUUGAGCACCAGCUCGAGGAGGCAAAGGUUCGAAGGCCUGGAGAUCGGCCCAGCGCCGGCAUUGGCGGCGCGCCUCCAUUAAUUUCGGCGAUGGAGGUGGCAUUCUGGCUUCCGAGGUGGCCGAGAGAGUGUCACUGGCACCACAAUCUGGGAGCAUCUUCUCCUGGUGGAGGCGGCCCCCUGCGCUGGUGCUGGUGCCCAUCUCCAGGCCCCCGCGAGGUGCAGGCCGGGAGAGGCGCAGAUGCCCCCGAGGAGGCUGGCGGGGGUGCCCUGGGCCCUCCGCCGGCGACCGGCGGCGGCCCGGGCACGCCAGCGGAGCCGCGCGCCCCCAGGCUGACCGAGCGCCGCCUGAGCGACGAGCUGCGGGCGGAGCCGCCGCAGCAGCCUCGGCAGCACCGGGAGCCCGGGCGCCGGGAGAGGCGGCCCCCCCCGGCCGCCGCCCAGGGCGCCAUGCCCUGCGACCUGCGGGCCCUGGGGCAGCUGCUCUCCGGGGGCGCCGUCAAGGA